GGAGCGCGUGCGUCUCGCAGCUGCAGUCACGUUCGUCAUACGCCCGGUACCGUCCCCAUCCCCGUCCUCACUCCCACACCCACGCCCCCGGAAGCUCAUACCUACCUGACGUACUAUAAUACCCACAAUGUCCGCGACCACCACGCUCUUCACUGGCCUCCGUACGCCUUCCUCGUUCUCUGCGCAUCGAGCAAACCGCGACGCACCAGAAAGCAUGGAGACCUACCGUAUCCCCCAGCACCGGCAGCCCUCGGCGCCUCCUCCAACGCCUGUGACGGCGACGGCCUCCCGGCCACCCCCACUAGCGCUCUCCGCCUCGUCUAGUGCCGCUCCGGGCCCGCUCACGGCCCCUGUGCACUCUCGAAUGGCGGGACAGGCAGCCGCGCGUGGCAUUAGUAUCGACGUUGCGCUACGGAGUGCGAAAGGACCGGGCACGGGCCGCCGCUGGCCGGCGAGCCCAGGGCGUACGCCGACGAGCGCGAGCUUCCCGCGCGCACGUGGCCUCACCGUGGCUAUUCUCAACGGCGAUGGGGAGCUGUAUGCCGAAAGCGCACCGGUGACCCCAAACGCGACAGGGCUGAAGGCCACAGCGCCAGCCGUGCCCACCCUCGAGCUCGUCUCGUCUCCAGGACUACCCACGCCGGCGUCGGCUACGCCCAGCGCGGCCGCAGCCACUCCGCGGUUGCAGGAGAAGAUCUUGUGCCGAUACUACCACACGGCCGGGAUGACGUGCACGUCCUCCCCGUGUCGGUUUGUACACAAAGUCGACGUGCCGCCUGCCACGGCAGUCACGGCGGCCCUUAGUGCUAUCCCCCUCCUCUCAUCCCGUGAGGAGACGCCAGACCCGACGAGCGGCACGUUCGCUGCGGCACAGGCGAGUGCGCUAGCCCAUCCGGCCCUGCUGCAGAUCGAGGGCGGAGUGCAGAUCGCCGCGGGCGAGCCCGUGUCCGUGCAGACUGAAACCGGCGCCGAGGUCGGCUUCGUCUACAAAAUGAGCGGUGGCGGCAAGGGGCCCGCCGGCAAGGGCCGACUCAAGUACCGCACUGUGCCGUGCAAGGACUAUGCGGUGGGCUCGUGCGACUACGGCGACGAAUACUGCUCGUUCAUCCACGACCCAACGAACCUGUACGAUGAAGAGAAGCACGGGAAGAAGGAGAAGGAGCCGGCGCUGUCGCCGCGCACGCCGCGCAGCGCGCGCCCGAGGCUGCCGAAGAAGGCGGACGCGUCGCCGCCCGCCGACGCGCUCCUCACGCCCGCGCUGGAGUACGCGCUGCCUGCGCCGCUGGCGAACCCGCCGCGCCGCCGGCUGAAGGCCGCGUCUGAGUUUCCGCCCGUCGCGGAGGACUGGACGGCACACGAAAACGCCGUUCAGCUGCAGGUGCAGACGGACAUCCCGCCGACGCUUGAAGAAGACUAUCCGCACAACAUCGGAUACCCGUGGUCGCCGGAGUGGCACGGCGCGGGGAUGUGGGUGACGCCGUCCCCCGUGUCCGAGUACUCGCCCUACUUUUCGCACACGUUCAAGGAGGGCGAGUACAACGCGCCGUACUCGCCGUAUCAGUGGGGCGGGGAGGAGCAUAGCCCGGUCCCGUUUCCCGUGCUCGACGAGUACGCGCCCUUCUGGGCGCAGGGGUACGGCCUCGGCAUCCUGCGCCCGCCGCUGUCGCCGGACAUGGCGGGCAAGCAGUACUGGCGCACGCGCCCGUGCCACUUCUGGAUCAAGAGCGGCGGGCGCGAGUGUCCCCAGGGCGACGUAUGCCGGUUCCAACACAUUCUCCCGCCGAGCGGCCGCCUCCCGUCCCCGCGGUACGGGCCGCACGCCAAGUCCGUGCCCUGCAAGUUCUACAACACGGCCGAGGGCUGCCUGCGCAGCGACGCCGCCUGCCCCUUUGCGCACGUCAGAACGGUGCCGGAGGGCCAGCACCUGCCGAAGCCGACGCCGUUCCGCACCCGUCCGUGCCGCCACUUCCAGGCCGGCCGGUGCGCGAUGGGCGCGGCUUGCCACUUCGCGCACGUCGACCCGUCCGCGGCGAAGGGCACGCGCGCGCCGCCCGCGACGCCCGUGACCCCCGCGACGCCGUAUAUCGACGUCGCGCGCCGCAUCGCCGCGGCGCGCAGCGCCGGGAUCGAGGAGAGAGAGAGGGAGCGGGUGUACGCCGCGUCGGCGCCCGCGAGCGCGAGCUGCGCGCGGUUCCCCGAGUGGCGCGGCAUGACGGAGCGCGCGCUCGCGGCUGCGUGCGAGGUGCUGCGCGCCAAAGCGAGCGUGGAGGGGAGCGUGGAGAGCGACGGCGAAGGCGACGACGCCGAGCUCGAGAUCGUCACGGCGUGCAGCCGGCCCAGCACGCGCUCGAGCCGCAGCGUGUGA